AUGGAACAUGAUCCAUAUUCAUUAAUAAAAUAUAUUAAUGUCAUUAAUGCGAACAAUGAUGGUUAUGGUGAUCCAACGAUUAAUGCUUUCGUUGAAAUGGGAUUAUUAGAAACAAAUGAAAUACUUUUCUGUAGAAUUGGUAUUACAGAAUAUGAAUGUCAUAUUGAGAAAAAUGAAAAGGAUCAAUAUGUUUUAUGUUAUCAAGACAAAAUAAAAGAAGGAAAUGUUAUGAAAUUUAUUCAUAAAUUAUCUAAAUUAAUCAAAAUUAGAAUACGACGUAUGGAAAUUGCAUUAGGUCGCAUCCGUCGUGCUAGUAACAAUCAAACAUUGUAUAUGUUAUCUUUUGAUUUCGAAAAAAAAUUUGAAGAUCGACUAACGCGGAUGCUUUUAUAUAGUGAAUUUGGCAUAUGGAAAAUCCACAGAGCAUAUAAUUAUGACAGUAAAGAAAAAAGAUUUAUAUGUAAAUCAAAUAUGAAAUAUGAUGAUAUAUUAAAAAUAAUCAAUAACAAUGAUAUAAAUCAUAAUGAUAUUGAUAAUGAUAUAUACAAAGAAAAACAACAAUUGUACAGUUUAUUAAAACAUGAUGCUAUUGAAAUUAUUUACCAACCAAUAACAGAUGAUGAUAUUAUUAAAUUAGAUAAAGGUGGUGAUGAUAUAUGCCAGGGUUCAGAAAUUAAAUCUAAUAUAAAUUCAAUUAAAAAUUUAUGUGUUGAUUCGGAUAAUAUUAUUGAAUUGACUUAUGAUGCUGAAUUAUUUAAAAUAAAAGGAAAUCCUUGUUGUCACAUUUACAAUUUGGACUGUACAGCAUUAUCUAGUUAUGUUUAUGAUGACUUUUUAUCAUCAUCUGAAUCGUCGUCUGAAUCAUCGUUAGAAUCAUCAAUUCAAUCUUCAUCAUCGGAUGAACCGACCAAUGCAAAAUCACUUACAGAAUUGUAUGAACGAUCAUGUAAUCCAGUACAUGUUAAUGUUUCAUCAUUAAAAUCAUUGUUUAAUAGACAUAAACCAAACAAAGUGCCAAUAUUUAAAUAUGGUGCAGCUACAAAUUUAACCAUGGGUUUUAUUAAAGAAAUUGAUACGGAAACAACAUUGGAUAAUACUUAUUAUAGAAAAGUAAUUGAAGUUGAAUGGAUUAAUGGAACUGAAUUUGCAAGAGGUGGUGAUUCUGGAUCAUUAUAUUUUGUUCAUGAUUCAACAACAAAUGCAUUUGUUCCUGUGGCAAUGCAUGUAGGAUCAAAAGAAAAAAGAUCAUUUGGCAUUUUAUUAACAUAUAUAUUUGAAGAAUUAGCUGAAAAACGCCAUCAAUUUUUAUUGUGUGAUUCAAUUGAUUGCCAAAAAGGAAAUUAA